AUGUUAAAUAAAAAACUAACAUUAUCAAUUAUUUUAUUUAUUUUUUCUUUUAUAAAUUAUUCAUUGUCAGCAUCAUCGAGCGAUGCCACACCAAUAAGAAAUAUUGUUAUAUGGCAUGGUUUAGGAGACUCUUGUUGUUUUCCAUUUAGUAUGGGUAAAAUAAAAGACAUUAUUCAAAACCAAUACCCAGGUGUUUAUGUCAAAAGUAUUGAAAUUGGAUCCAGUAUUGAUGAAGAUGUUUACAACUCAUGGUUCAAAAACGUCAAUGAGCAAAUCGAUAUGGCUUGCGAAAUGAUCAAGGCCGAUACCAACUUAACAAAUGGAUUUAAUGCUGUUGGAUUCAGUCAAGGUAGUCUCUUUUUAAGAGCAUUUGUAGAGAGAUGUAAUGAUCCACCAGUACAUAAUUUAAUUAGUAUUGGUGGGCCACAAAACGGUGUUUUUGGUGCCCCAAGAUGUGCAACAACAAAUGGUACUUUUUGUAAUGUAGCUAGAAAUCUUUUAGAACUUGGUGCCUAUGAUGAAUAUGUACAAAAUAACUUGGUACCUGCAGAAUACUGGCAAGAUCCAUUACAAUACUCAAAGUUUUUGGAAAAAUCUAUAUUUUUAGCAGAUAUCAAUAAUAUGAAAGAUGUAAAAAAUCAAACCUAUAAAGAUAAUCUUUUGUCAUUAAAUAAAUUUGCAUUAACAUUAUUCCUCAAUGACACCAUUGUAAUUCCAAGAGAAAGUGAACAUUUCGGGUGGUAUGAAGAAGGUCAAGCAAAGAAUAUUAUACCAAUGGAAAAAACCCAACUUUACCAAGAAGAUUGGAUUGGCAUUCAACAACUAGACAACGAAGGUAAAUUAAUAUUUUUGGAAUCACCAGGAAAUCAUUUACAAUUCACCGAGCAAUGGUUUAUCGAAAAUAUUAUACCAUUAUUAAAUGAAUAA